CCGGUUCCUCCGUGACGUGUACAGUGCGCCGGAAGUGGCAGAUUGAUACAGCGCUUUGCCGGGAGCAGAUCUACGGGACACCGAAUAAGAAGGAGGCGACACACGGAGCACAAUGAUCACCUCGGCGGCUGGAAUUCUGUCCCUUCUCGAUGAAGAGGAGCCACAGCUUAAGGAAUUUGCUCUACACAAGUUGAAUGCAGUAGUGAAUGAUUUCUGGGCAGAGAUAUCGGAGUCGGUGGAUAAAAUUGAAGUUCUGUAUGAAGAUGAGACAUUCAGAAGCAGGCAGUUUGCUGCUCUUGUGGCCUCCAAAGUCUUUUACCACCUGGGGGCAUUUGAAGAGUCCCUGAACUAUGCUCUGGGCGCUGGUGAUCUGUUUAAUGUGAAUGACAAUUCUGAAUAUGUGGAGACUAUUAUAGCCAAAUGCAUUGACCAUUACACCAAACAGUGUGUAGAAAAUGCUGAGCUCCCAGAGGGGGAGAAGAAGCCUGUGGAUGAACGCUUAGAAGGGAUCGUAAAUAAGAUGUUCCAGCGCUGCUUAGAUGACCACAAAUAUAAGCAGGCAAUAGGGAUUGCUCUAGAGACUCGACGUUUGGAUGUUUUCCAGAAAACCAUUCUAGAAUCGAAUGAUGUCCCUGGAAUGUUGGCCUACAGCUUAAAGGUCUGCAUGUCUUUAAUGCAAAACAAGCAGUUUAGGAAUAAAGUUCUUCGUGUCUUGGUUAAAAUCUAUAUGAACUUGGAGAAACCAGACUUCAUCAAUGUGUGCCAGUGCCUCAUCUUCUUGGACGAUCCACAAGCAGUUAGUGACAUUUUAGAGAAGCUAGUAAAGGAGGAUAACUUGCUUAUGGCAUAUCAGAUAUGCUUUGACUUGUAUGAGAGUGCCAGUCAGCAGUUCCUUUCUUCUGUCAUCCAAAAUCUCCGAACUGUGGGCGCCCCCAUUCCAUCAGUACCAGGAUCAACAAACACCGGAACAGUACCAGGGACUGCAAAAGAAAGCGAACCUAUGGAAACUGAGGAAAAACCCACAAGCACAACUGGCGGCAAAUCAACAGACUCUAGUCCAGAACCAAAAGACCAGAUUUCAAAAAUGAUAAAGAUUCUGAGUGGGGAGAUGGCCAUAGAGCUACACUUACAAUUUUUGAUCCGGAAUAACAAUACAGAUUUAAUGAUCCUAAAGAACACUAAGGAUGCAGUGAGGAAUUCUGUGUGUCAUACAGCUACUGUAAUAGCAAAUUCUUUUAUGCACUGUGGCACUACCAGUGAUCAGUUCCUCAGGGACAACUUAGAGUGGCUGGCAAGAGCUACAAAUUGGGCAAAGUUCACUGCAACAGCGAGUUUAGGAGUCAUUCACAAGGGCCAUGAGAAGGAGGCUUUGCAGCUUAUGGCUACUUAUUUGCCUAAGGACACUUCCCCUGGCUCUGCAUACCAGGAAGGAGGAGGCCUGUAUGCUCUGGGUCUUAUUCAUGCGAACCAUGGUGGUGAUAUCAUAGACUACCUGCUGAACCAGCUGAAGAAUGCCAGCAAUGAUAUUGUACGGCAUGGUGGGUGCUUAGGUUUAGGCUUGGCUGCAAUGGGAACAGCACGUCAAGAUGUUUAUGACCUCCUGAAAACAAAUCUCUACCAGGAUGAUGCUGUGACAGGGGAAGCUGCAGGCCUGGCACUUGGCUUGGUGAUGCUCGGAUCUAAAAAUGCCCAAGCGAUAGAAGACAUGGUUGGUUAUGCACAAGAGACGCAGCAUGAGAAGAUUUUGCGGGGCUUAGCAGUUGGCAUUGCCCUGGUUAUGUAUGGGCGUAUGGAGGAGGCAGAUGCACUAAUUGAGAGCCUUUGCAGAGACAAGGACCCAAUCCUACGCCGUUCUGGCAUGUACACUGUUGCCAUGGCAUAUUGCGGAUCUGGAAACAACAAGGCUAUUCGUCGUCUGCUCCAUGUUGCUGUGAGUGAUGUCAACGAUGAUGUAAGAAGGGCUGCUGUGGAGUCUCUAGGCUUCAUCCUGUUCAGAACACCAGAACAAUGUCCAAGUGUAGUGUCGCUGCUGUCUGAGAGCUACAAUCCUCAUGUGCGGUAUGGAGCUGCAAUGGCACUUGGUAUCUGCUGUUCUGGCACUGGAAACAAGGAAGCCAUUAACCUCCUGGAACCUAUGAUCAACGACCCUGUGAAUUAUGUGCGUCAGGGUGCGCUCAUCUCCUCUGCACUGAUCAUGAUCCAGCAGACUGAAGUAACGUGUCCGAAGGUCAGUCAGUUCCGGCAACUGUAUUCCAAGGUGAUUAAUGACAAACAUGAUGAUGUGAUGGCAAAGUUUGGCGCCAUACUGGCACAAGGAAUCCUUGAUGCAGGAGGACACAAUGUGACCAUCUCUCUGCAGUCUCGCACCGGGCACACUCACAUGCCCUCUGUGGUCGGAGUCUUAGUCUUUACUCAGUUCUGGUUCUGGUUCCCACUUUCACAUUUCUUGUCGCUAUCUUUUACUCCUACCUGUGUGAUUGGCCUUAAUAAGGAUCUUAAGAUGCCAAAAGUUCAGUAUCGAUCAAACUGCAAACCUUCAACAUUUGCCUACCCUGCCCCCCUAGAAGUGCCGAAGGAGAAGGAAAAAGAGAAGGUCUCUACUGCUGUCUUAUCCAUUACAGCAAAGGCGAAGAAGAAGGAAAAAGAGAAGGAGAAGAAAGAAGAGGAAAAAAUGGAAGUGGAUGAGACUGAAAAAAAGGAAGAAAAAAAGAAGGAGCCAGAACCAAACUUUCAGCUCCUUGAGAACCCAGCCCGGGUGAUGCCAGCUCAGCUCAAAGUACUAAGCAUGCCAGAGGGCACCAGAUAUCAGCCCUUUAAACCUCUCUCAAUUGGGGGUAUUAUUAUUCUCAGAGAUACUAGUGAGGAAGAAGAGCAACUAGUUGAACCUGUUGCUGCACAUGGUCCAAAGAUUGAGGAGGAAGAGCAGGAACCAGAACCCCCAGAGCCAUUUGAAUAUAUUGAUGACUAAAAUUGCAGGUUUGCUUUAAUUUAAUGUCUGUCAGGAUGAAUGCUGGGAGCAGUGACAUCACCUAGGCUGCAUGUUUAAUCUUCACCCAUUUCCUGUUGUAACCGUUAAGUGCAGAAUCCCAGGUUUCCUUGCUUUUUGACCAGUGGUCUCUUUUUUUGAAAUAAAAAUGAAAAAAAAAAGUGAUCAAUUGUUUCCUACCAAUUCUUUUAAAAGGGGUUAAGACACCAUUUUUUCAACCCUUCCUAACUAUAUUAAACCAAUUCUAACAUGGCCAAAUGAACCUACUUGCAGUUUCCUCUCUAUAUUUUCUAGAGCUGUCCCAAUACCUUUUUUUUUUAAAGACAGAGUAUGAGUACUGAUACUUUAAUGCUAGUACUCGCUGAUACCAAGUACAAGUACUUUUAUUUUAAAGGGAAUCUGACACCAGAGUGACGCGGUCUCUGGCGCUGCUUACCGUACGAUAUGUGGGUCCUUGUUGUGUACAAUGGAGGUGGCUGCUGUAGUAUGAGCCAAUAUUUCUCUAUUCUCCUUUGGGCAGAACAGGGAGUUUGCAUUGGCGGUGAAACCGAUGUCUCCGGAGCGAUUGUACUGAUGAUCACAUGGUGAGCAGUGGUAGAAACCAGGUCACCUGCACUAUCUACUUAUAAAUUCAAGUUAGUGCAGGUGACUCUGCUGUAAGAUUGCCUUUAAUAGUAGGGAGUAUAUGGUAGGUGCAGACAUUAGUAGAAGCCCCUCCAUUGUAGCCAGCAGACCCCCCCCCCCCUUGUAGAUAGCAGGACCCCCCCCCCCUUGUAGAUAGCAGGACCCCCCCCCCCCUUGUAGAUAGGACACCCCCCCUUGUAGCCAGCAGGACCCCCCUUGUAGCCAGCAGACCUCCCCCCACCCCUUGUAGAUAGCAGGCCUCCCCCUUGUAGCUAGCAGGCCUCCCCUUGUAGCUAGCAGGCCUCCCCCUUGUAGCCAGCAGGACCCCCUGGUAGUUUCUCUCUUGCACCUGUCCGGUGUCGCCGCUCUGCAGCCCCGUACUCAUCACUGUUGCUGCCCCGUUCUGCCGUCCGCAUCAUGGCGUCUUAUGGAGGCGCAUGUGACAUACACGUCACUCUGCCUCCUCCGUAGCGAUACGCUGAGCACAGUGGAGUGUGUGUCACAUGCUCCGCCAUGCGGAGCGGAGUACUCCACCAGUUAUCAGAUUUGGUAUCGGGGACAUUAGACGAGUCUCCGAUACCAUGUAAAUACCUGGUAUCGGCCCAGAUACCGAUACUAGUAUCGGUAUCAGGACAUCCCUAAUAUUUUCUUUCUUCUGUUCUUUUGCCACAGGGGAUGGAGGCAAAAAAAGCACUGUAUGCCGCCAUUGUGCAAAAGAUGGCAAUAGCAUAUCAACAACAGACCCUAAUACUACUUGUCUCUCCUGAACAGCGGCACCAAUCAGAAUAAGUUAUAUCUCAUUUUAAUCCCGUGAACAAACUGCCCGUUUUCCUUUAAGGUGUACCUGCUGUUUUUAGUGAAUUUUCAGCAUAAGCUGUAGUGUGUGUACGUGAAGAGUAGCACUAUUUCUGGGCCUUAUAUCACUUGUAUAUUGCAUACUUCAGCAGAUUUCUGCUAUCAUUCUCAGUUCUCCAUGAGCUGGUGGGUGGAGCCUAGCAUCUAUAGUGUCUGCACACACCGAGGAGGAGAUCCUGCACUUCUGUAAUCAUUUCAUCAGUUAUUGAAAUAUAAAAUAGGAAUUAUUUGCAAAUUUUAAUAAAAAAGGUUUUUUUUCUUCACGGUCACUGCACCUGCACUCGCAUUUAACCCCUGGACAUGUUUUAUCCACACAGUUGUCUCUUGUUUGAGCACAAGUAUCAUGGAAUAUUACGUGAGAUGCU